UGUAAAGUCUAUCUGAGCGGAGUAAACACCCCCGGUUGUGUUCGCCAAAGGAAAACGACCUUCGCUAGAUAAUGUGGUCGAGCCGUAUUAUACCAUCCACGCCCUACAGGGGAAAUACGUCACAAGCCAUACGGUGCCUACCCACGACAACAGUCAUUCACGUGGGGGUCGCCGGCCAAUCAGGGGCAGGGAGAUCUAUACACGAGGAGCGCGUGACGUUUCAAUCCCUUUUACGGCAGUCACCCUAUUUAUUUUAUCGACCCCCACCCUGCCGACGAGUUACUAGGGUCGGGAUUUUUCCACCUUCCCCCGAAAAAGAUUUCAAAAGAGAAGUUUGGCAAGGAAACAAGAUUAAGUCCAGGACAGAAUGUCCUCCAUCCAGCCGGGAAACCCAUCGGAAUGGCAGCUCUACAGGGUCCUACAGAGGAGUAACCUCCUACAGUACUAUGACACAUUUAUAGCUCAAGGUGGAGAUGAUGUACAGCAGCUGUGUGAGGCCGGGGAGGAGGAGUUCCUGGAGAUAAUGGCAUUGGUGGGGAUGGCCAGUAAACCCCUCCAUGUCCGGCGCCUACAGAAGGCGCUGCAGGAGUUUGUACAGAAUCCCGCCUUUCAGGGAUCAGUGACACCUGCCUCCCCCCUUGUGACCUCUCAGACAAUCACCUCCCCCACGUCUCACCUGGCUACCAUGGUUACCACAGUCCCCAUCAAAGUAGAACCCUCCCAGCCCGUGUAUCCAACGGCAACCACAAUGGCGUCAGUCAGUUCCUCUGGGUGGACCCCCAGUGUCAGUCCAGGCCCAGCGACCAACAACUCCAACUCUUCCCAGGAGAGUGACAGUAAGGACCCACCCUCUGUCAGUCCUAUCACAACAGACAAACAGUCAGUGAGGUCGUCUACCUCCCCCACCCCCACACCGAUCCUCGCCGAGAGCCAGAUCAACGCCAUCGCUCAGGCAGCAGCCAGACUCGCCAAAGAGUUGCCUCCUUUUGAUAUGAAGAAACUUAACAUGAAGAAACCUAUCAACAAAGAAAUCAUGGUGUUGAUAAACAACCCAGCGGAUGACGAUCCUAACAGAAUGGAACUCUUACGGAGAUAUGCUGCCAUUUAUGGGCGAUUUGACUCAAAACGAAAAUCAGAAAAACCCAUGUCAUUACAUGAGAUCUCGGUGAAUGAGGCGGCUGCCCAGCUAUGUCGACACAUGCCCACUCUCCUGACUCGGAGGGAGGAUCUGUUCCCCCUCGCUCGCCAGGUGGUGCGCGACAGUGGCUACCAAUACUCCAAGGGACAUUCCAGGGACACAACUCACAAACCAACCAAGUAUAUGUGGCUAACCAGAGAGUAUUAUAGGGCAUCCGAAUUGUUAACUCUGCCUUCCACCAAGAGAUUGAACGACCUGAUGCUGGGCGGGGUGACCACCGGACCAGGGGGCAGGAAGAAGUUGGACAGCGGCUUCCUCCAGAUGUAUGUCAACCUGUGUGAGAGUAACCCCGGCAUGGUCAAAAACCCUGAGGACUCGGAGAAGAUGUCGGCCUUAAUGGCAGAGUUAACGAUGGUAACUCAUAAUCAGGAAAUGCUUAAAGGUCAAUUAAAUACAGCACGGGAGAACAACCAGACAGACCUGGUGAACUCACUACAAGCCGAGAUAGACACGGCCACGGCCAAGCAGCUCCAGCUGUACACCGAACAGAGCGAGCUCAUCCGCAAACAGAUGAGGUCAUCUAUGGGAGCAGGCUUUGAUGAGGAUACAGGUUCUGAUUUUCCAAGUGGAGCCUCCUCACCAAAUAAUUCUGGAGACGGUGAGGAUUUUAAUCAACAAAUCAGACAGCAUCUAUAUGCAUCAGGAGAGAUCCUCAAAUCCAAACCUGCUAUGCAGAACACGCUGUUUGAUGAGGGCAUGCGGAUAGCUCAGCAGUUUGGUUUGUCAGACUUUGCAGAGGAACUGAAGGGAUUAGUUGACACAAGUCCAGAGGAGGAGACCAAAGCAAUCACAGACCCCGUGGUCAAGCGGAAAGCUAACUCCCUACACGACAGCGAAAACGGAGAGUCACCCUCUAAGAGGAAAACUAAAAGAUCACGAGCGGAAGUGAACGGGACGGAUGGUGACAAGGAUGAGGAUAGCUGACUGGUUCCCUCUAUUCCCUCUGUUCCUAUAUGCAUUUAUCUAUCGUUAUUUUGGGUCUCAUUUUGUUCUCAUACCUUCGGCAAAGGUUUGUUAAUCCUGCUAUUCAUUGGUCGUUUCAUCACAAAUAUGACAUCCAGCCAUAGCACUUACAUGUCAAUCACUCUCUCAGAGCAUUCAGUUCAUAUGCACUCAUCUCACCGUGACCUUGUGUUCUCAUAGUGUCCUUGACAUUGUGAAUUUGUGUUCUAUUUUUAUUCCAGUAUUCUUAAAUGUCUGCUGCAUCAUUUAUUGUCAUAAGCUCAUAAGCUGCGCUCUGUCUUACAGUAUAAAACAAUUUAAUAUAACCUCCUACAUCCAAUCAGCUGGCUUAAAUCAAUAACUUACAAGUAUCCACUUCUUAUAAUGGAACAUUGUAAUACUUAAUUCCACACCAACUAGCAUUACUAAUUAGAUGCCAACUUAUUCAUUAAUAAUGACUGAUAUGAAUGAUUCAAGAGCAAUUAAAUACCUUUGGUGCUAAUUAUUAAGUAUGUGCUGAUCAUGAAUUUUUGUUGUUUACAAUAUCUUUUUUUUUUAUGUGAUGGAGUAAGAAAUCCUUUGUUAUAAGUAUAUAAGAAUGGUUUCCAAAGAAUGGACUACCAAACAAAAAUUAUGGAUAUAAUCAAUUUUUUUGUUGUUAAGGAGGGGCGUAUAUUUGCUAAUUGCAAACUUUUCCAUUUUCAUAUUGCCAUCUAAUGGUACAGGCAUGUAUUAAUUACAAUGCAAUAAAUCUGUGUCAAACACAAUGUGACCUUUGACCUCGAGAGGUCAUUGGAUAAAAGAACGUGUUUUAUAGACUGAGAGAGAAGUCAAAUGUUUUACGUUCAGGUGUAAAGUCAUGACACUCUCACUCGUUUGUUGUCAGAAGAUGUGUUACUAUAUAUUAUUAUUAUUAUUUAUUUUCAAUGUUUUCUUUUCAUUAAAAAUGCCAGAAAGCUGAAAUAGAA